GCCCGGGCCCGACCCGCGUGCCUGCCGUGCCGUCGCCCCGGGAGCGUCCCCUCGCGUCCCGGCCCUGAACUCGGGUUUCGGGAAGCGAGGGACUCACGCCCUGCUUGAGCGACUCAGCAGUCAGGCAGGCCCGCCGGCCCGGUGAGCGCGGAGAGGGCUUGUCAGCGCCGGACGAUGACCCCGUCACAAAGCCGGCUGAUGCCGGACACUCCCGGGGCGCCGUGCGCGCGUGCGUGCCCGAGCGCAGUACUGUCGGGCUCGGGGCAGCGGACGCCUGCGCGAAAGGCGGUGGCUGCCCGCUCCGCCCCUUCCGAGACCCGCGCCGGCGCAGUCGGACAAGGCCGAGCUGCGCCUGCGCGGUCCGAGUCCCAGACGGUGGCGGCGGCAAUGGAGCCCGCGGCGCCGCCGAGCGAGCUGGUGUCGGCGGAGGGCCGGAACCGGAAGGCGGUGCUGUGCCAGCGCUGCGGCUCGCGGGUGCUGCAGCCGGGGACGGCGCUCUUCUCCCGCCGGCAGCUGUUCCUGCCGUCCAUGAGAAAGAAGCCCGCCCUGGCCGACGGCGGCAGUCCCGACGGCGACCUCCUGCAGGAGCACUGGCUGGUGGACGACAUGUUCACCUUCGAGAACGUGGGCUUCACCAAGGACGUGGGCAACAUCAAGUUCCUGGUCUGUGCGGACUGUGAAAUCGGGCCCAUCGGCUGGCAUUGCCUAGAUGACAAGAACAGUUUCUAUGUGGCCUUGGAGCGCGUGUCGCACGAGUAGCGGGGGGGGGGGGACUCGGCUCCUCCGAGUGUAAGAGCUGCCUGUCCCCAGAGCCAGUGUUGGCUGGUGGACUUCUCUGCCCCAAAUAUAGUGCCGCACGUCCAGGCGGACGUGCAGAGGCUACAGGGGCUAACUGCCCGCCUCCUCGGCUGCUCACUUUGCGUCACAGCGUCUCCCGAGCGCCCCUUCCCGCGGUUCUGGACCAGGGCAUGCCUCAGCUGUCCUGUCCUCCCGGCACCCUGCUGGGCUCCCUGGGUUCCUGCUCCGGGAGAGCAAGCAGUCACCAGCCUUCUAGACAAAACAACACAUGACAAAGAUGCUCUUGAAACUCUCGUUCAAGACGGCGCACAGGUGUCAGAGUGACUGUUGCGUGGCUUCCUUUACCAUGAUUUAUUCUUUUUCAGAGGUUAGCAUUCUCGAGCUUUUGUACUUAAACCAUGAGUCAGGACCACUUUGGACACACCUCCUGCACCAGGUGUGAGGGCCUCUGCUCGGGGCUGACGGGGCUGUUUCCCAGGCCUCCGGGUGCCGCAGAGAAGGAGGGGCACUUGCAGGCGGGACGGCCUUUUCGGGACUCGCGGGAGUUUGUGGGCUUGCCUUCUCUGCAUGAGUCGGUGCUUCCUUUGCUCUCGGCAGAGAUGCCCUUGAUGGGACCCCCUGGGCCUGCUCCCCCCGGAGUGUCGGCUCCUGUGGGAUCUCUCCACUGGCCCGAAACACAGACAGACAUUCCUUCAGCUGUGGGGCCACUCUCUCGGGGUGAGCAGUGACUUUCGCUGGGACUCUCCGCCGCUCUGUCCUUUCUCUUCUGAAGUGAGUCACCUGGAGGGGUCUGCGUGAGCGGGUUCCGGAGUCCCCCCGUCACCCCCUCAGAUCCAGGGGACCUGCACCUGCAGCCAGGACACACCAGCGACCUGCCUCACCAAGGCCCCGCCCCCACAGCUGCUCCCCACCGACACGCGGGCCUGGGGCUCGGCUUUGCGACCAGCCUGUGCCCUCCCUGCCCUGUCAGAACCCUGGGGGGGCUCCUGCAGAAAGGGGAGGCCUGUUCCAGACCAGCGGCCCCGUGGCCACGAUGCAGCAUCUGCAGAACAGCCGUGGGAAUCGUCCACCCGGGUGAGAAGGUGCAAACCCGAACAGAUGUCUCUCCUGAAACGAGGCUCUGUCCUCUCUCCUCCUUGCACACUCGCUGCAGGUGAACACCAAACUGGGUGUAAACACUCUUGAUCCCUCAUGUUUGCACCGUCCAGAGGGUGCCAAUGGUAAUGUGGUAUAAAUUCCUAAUCCUCUACUAUGUGUGUGGUUUUGUGAAGCAAAUACGGGCUCCUGCUGUCCCCUCUCGCACUGCGUGUCCCCUCUUGCAGCAUGUGACUCCUGUCCGUGGUGUCCGUGUCCUGCUGUGUUUCUGUGCGCACGUGAACAGUCCACUGCUGCUCUCCCGGCUUCUACACGCAGUGGCUGUGGCGUGCAGCCUGGCAGGGAGACUGGUGCGCACAGCCCUCGGCCUGUCCUCGGGGCCCGUCACUGGAAGUUGGGGUGCAGGGGGUGCGUGCGUCCACACCCCUCAGGAACGGCCGCACCGACCCCCCUUCCACGUCAGAGCACUCACCCCUCUGAGCCUCCCCUGCCCUGGGCGUCUGUCGUCAUUAAAGAACAUUUGCCACUUUAAUAGAGGGAAAAAAGGGUGUCUCCUUGCUUCGAUUUGCAUUUGUUAUUUCCAAUGACAUUUUACAUACUUUCUG